GAGGGAGAGAGGGGGGGGAGAGAGAGAGAGAGAGAGAGAGAGAGAGAGAGAGCGAGCGAGAGCGAGCAUAGUUUCUGAGUUUUUCUGAGAGUAAAGGCAGUACGCAUCUUAGCUAACUAGCCAAACCAGCUCAACAUUUUCAGAUAUGUGGACAGGUAUUCUGUAUUAUCGAUGUUUAUUUCAUAAAUAAACAUUUUAUUGCCCCAACCACUGUAGGUGAGCCAUGCCACUGCAGCCCUUCUCCUUCCCUUUCCCUGAAAGUCGAUUCAUCAAAGCUGGUCAUUUUAUCUACAAGUUCAAGAUCAGAGGAGGCAGCAGCUACAGUGGAGAGGAGGAUUUGGGAGGAAACGGCUUCAAUCAGGAACUGGAGGAAAUUAUCAGAGCUGUUCUGGGAAACCUGGACAGCCUGCAACCGUUCUCUAGUACCCACUUCAGUGUCUUCCCUUAUAAGAAGAACUGGGAUGGAGUGUCUAAAGUGAUGUGCGAACAUUAUGAGAAGAAUUUAAAACCCUAUCCGUUUACUCUUAUCCUCUACCUGGAGAAAAACAUGCAGAAUGGAAAUCAUCCAGAGAAGAAGUUGAGCCCAGAGAAGGAGGUUGCACAGCAGAUCCCCUCUGUUUCUGAGCCGCAGUCAAAGCGCUGUAAAAAAAAUUCACCACUAGAGGAGGCCCUACUAAAGGACUUAAUCAGUGACAUGGAGACUGAAAGCAAGGUCUCUGUGGUCAGGCUGCACAUGGACAAUCCACAUGCAGGGGAGGGAGUCAAGGAAGAUCUGAGACAUGCUGACAAGAAAGGGACCAAGGAAUCUGACGAACAGAGAUCAGGUGUCAGUACGAUCAGAGGAAGUGGGACUCCAGGUGAAGUGCAUCCUGGGACAAAUCAAGACAUGGGAGACGAGGAGGACGAGGAGGACGAGGAGGACGAGGGCAGUGAGCAGGAAGAAGAUGCAGACCCUGGGAAACCUGCAAAGUCAGGGAUCCUGACUCGACUGGCCAGCCACAUCUUCCCCUUCUCCUUGUUCUUCAGAGACCCCUGAGAGUCGUGGGACAGACAGGAGGUGUUACUGGUUCCAUUAGUGGAAACUUACUGGGGUUUAUUCUACACUGAGGAACAAAAAAGUGUUUCACAGAUCUGUUUCCCCCAUUGAUCUUUUAUAUUAAUGUCGGCAGUGUUGUUCUCACUGCGCUGCGAUUUCUCCUUUUGUUCUCUUAUCAUACAUUUGAUGUAUUCUAUUGCCACAGAGUUGGAGGUUCUAUUUUUUUCAAAAAAAUAAAUAUUAUUUUCUUAUUCCA